GAGCUUUCGGGCGGCUAUCUGAUGUGGGACUACAUCGACGAUGAACCAAUUCCUCUCACACGCAGAGGCUACCCUUUUGGGACCAUUCCCCACAUGGCAUGCCAGAUUCCAUUCCAAUCUUCCAAUUCUAUCCCAUCAAUUUCUGGUGUCAGAGAACAGCGUCUGUCUUGGAAAAGAACCACAUCAGAAACGAGGUCAACACCGUUCAAGGCCGCGCUUGGCAAUGAGAUAACCCCUAAAAAUGCAACGUUC